AAUUUGCAGCCUGCCAGAGUCGAAAUUUCUAUUCUCUGUGGGUCAAUCAAUCUUCACUGAUGCAUUAUUUUUUAAUUAAAUUUUUGCUUUUCUUUUUGAGAAGUACGAAGGAAACAUGAUAUCGAUUUCAAAAAAUUAAAGUUGAAAAUGGCUGUCUCUCUCAAUCUCAACCACACCUCAUUUCACCCCAUUCGCCAAAAUAAGAAUAUUUUUUUCAGUUUAUCCCUCUUUCUCUUUCAAUUUUCUUCGAAAAUAAACAGAUGGGUCUUUUUGGUUUGCUUAGUUCCGUCAACUGGGACUCUGAGUUUUACCCACAGCUCACUGAUUUCGUUUACCUCCCUUUCUUUGCUCUUUUCUUCCUUUCUGUUAGGCUUUUCCUAGACAAUUUUAUCUUUGAGAAUUUAGCUAAGAGACUGGUCCUUGGUAAAGGCCACACCUUACAUGAUGUUCAGAAGCAUGAUAACAGGAAGAAACUCAAUAAAUUCAAAGAGUCAGCAUGGAAAUGUGUCUAUUUUUUUUCAUCAGAGUUAUUAUCUAUAUAUGUUGCCUAUGGUGAGCCUUGGCUUACCAAUAGCAAGUACUUUUGGGAAGGGCCUGGAAAACAGGUUUGGCCUGAACAAAAAAUUAAAUUGAAGUUAAAAGCAUAUUACACAUAUGCGGGUGGGUUCUAUACAUACGCCCUAUUUGCUUUGAUUUUUUGGGAGACAAGACGUUCAGACUUUUUGGUGACCAUGGUUCACCACAUAGCAACUAUAAUUCUCAUAGUUCUAUCUUACGUCUGCAGGUUUGCUCGUGUAGGUAUAGUUACUUUAGCCCUUCAUGAAGGGAGUGAUGUGUUCCUAGAAACUGCAAAGAUGUCAAAAUAUAGUGGCUUGGAAUGGCUUGCUAGUGUCGCAUUUGUUCUUUUUGCUCUCUCUUGGACCAUUCUACGCGUGUUAUUAUUUCCAUUCUGGAUAAUCCGGAGUACAACCUAUGAAGUUCUUUUAACAUUGGAUAAGGAGAAGCACAUGGUGGAUGGAUCUAUAUACUACUAUUUGUUUAAUACUCUUCUUUUCUGCUUGCUUGUUGUUCAUAUUUAUUGGUGGAUCUUGAUGAUACGAGUGAUUAUGAGACAAGUCAAAUCCGGCGGACAGGUUGAUGAUGUUCGAUCAGAUUCUGAAGGCGAGGAUGAACAUGAGGAUUGAGUAUGAAAGGUUGCAAACCACCAUAUAUACUUGUUCCCCAAGGUAUUUAGGAAAUCAUAAUUUUCAUUACUUUGUAAAAUGUAAUUUUCUUUCAAUUCUACAUAUUUCCUAUUGUUGAUGAAAUUAAUGCAGUGUUGUACCUUUUCUUUUUCUCUUUUGUUUUUUUCCUCGUACACACGAACGGUGACGAAAGGCAUGGUCAUCUUUUUAUUUAUUCGUUUAUUUCUAGUUGUAAGUUGAAUAUAUGUUCAAUCUUGAGGGUUGAUGUUGGUUA